AACUGCUUCCAUUCUGCUUUUGGUUUUGUGCUUGAGUGUCCUUCUCUGGAGAGCAAACAGGAAAUACAUGAUUCUUGUUAAGCAAGAGAGUGGUAUAUAUAUAAUAUAUAAAUUUAUGUUAUUGUUUUUCUCUAAAUAAUGUUAUUUCAAAAUAUGAAAUCCAUUUGAUUAAUAUUAUUUGUGGGGGUUGGAUAUAUUGUCCAGUUUUAAAUGAAUCCAAAGAUUUCGGAUUUUGGUAUGGCAAGAAUUAUUCAAAUUGAUGAAACUCACAUAAACACACGUCGUAUUGCUGGUACCUUGUAAGUUAUAUAUUAUUCCAUUUUGUAAACUUCUUAGUCUUGCUUUGAAAAAAAACGACUUAAAACAACUUUAUCCUUGUUUCUGGAUAAUAUUUGCCUGUUUUUUUUUUUAGCUGUUACAUGUCUCCUGAAUAUGCAAUGCAUGGAAUCUUCUCUAUAAAAUCUGAUGUGUAUAGCUUUGGUGUAUUGCUGUUGGAGAUUAUAACUGGAAAGAAACAUCAAACAUUUUCUUUGUUAGGUAUUGGUGAAGACAUCUCGACUUAUGCUUGGAAGCUAUGGAAUGAUGGAACUCCAUUAGAAAUACUGGAGUCGAGUUUGAGAGACAAGUGCUCAAGAGAUAUGGUGAUUAGAUGCAUCCAUAUUGCUUUACUUUGUGUUCACGAUGAUCCUGUACAAAGACCCUCCAUGGCAUCCAUUGUUCUUAUGUUGAAUAGUUAUUCGGUUACUUUGCCUGAACCUAAAGAGCCAACGUUCUUCAAGAGCAAUAUUAGAGAGAAUAAUGAUAGUGCAGCAGUAGAUGGUGAUCAAUCUAAGGGACUAUCUUCCAAUAUAAUAUCUACAAGUGAGAUGGAUCGAGGAUGAAGUAUAUGCCUUGAAAUCACUUAUUUUUAGUGGUUGUAAUGUAGCAGAGUGUAUGUAUGUUCCAUUAAUUUCAAAGUUCCAUUGAGUAGUGCACAUGACAUUAUUUACGAAAAUUUGUGUUUAGGCUUUUACUCUAUUUGCAAAUUAAAUGGAUUAUUUGACGUAGAAGUUAUGUAGCUAGAGAUGUAGAGGUGAUGCAACUUAU